AUGAGAAGAGAUGGCAGUCAAAAGAAGAGUUCUUAUUCAAAAAAGGCCUAUUCAUCUAAAGGAGAAUAUGGUGAUGACUCAAAUGAAGAAUCCUUGCUCCUUGAUAUAGAAGAAAAGAAUGAUGAAUGGUCUGGAAGUUUAGAAGAUGUAAAGAACAAUGAGAAAUUUGUAAGUGUGAAGAUUGUACAGUAUACAAAAGUGGAACCAAAAGCAUGGAUCAUUGACUCCAGAUGUUCAAACGAUAUGAUUAGUGAUAGAGACAAGUUUAUUAACCUUGAGAAACCUGAUGGUGGAUCAAUCAAGUUUGCAAGAGAUGAAGCUGCACCUAUUUGUGGAAAAGGAAGCAUCUCUAUUGACGAUAAGCAUAAAACUGAUGAUGUUUAUUAUGUUCAAGGUCUAAGACAUUAUCGGUUGAGUAUGAGUCAAAAUUGUAGUAAAGGUUAUAAGGGCAUAUUUCAUGGGUCUAGACUUAAAAUUAGAAAAAGAAUUUAUGAAAGAUUAGUUGUAGAAGGUACAAGGAUUAAUGGAAAUGUCUACUAUGUAAGGGAUAAUGGUGAAGACAAUUGUUUGUUGGCUUAG